CAUUACAAGCAAUAAAUCAAUUAAUUAAAAGCCAACACAAAUGCAUGCAAUCAACUGUUUUACAUUUUAAGUUAAUACCUAUGACAGACCCACACACGUUAACGGCACACAGCGAGUUUGAGUGAGACUGAAAUCAUGAGCCGACAGCAACAGCGGCAACAACAGCAGCAGCUGCAGCAGCAGCAGCAGCAACAACAGCAGCUGUUAACCGCACAGCAGCAACAACAGCAGGCGCUGUUAAUGGCCGAACAUGCAGCGGCUGCCAAGGCAGCGGAAUACUUUGAUCUGCUGUGUGUGGCAACCACAAUGCGUCAAAUCUUGGGCCUGCAUCGUGACAUGUGCGAGGCGGUGGGCUUGCGUCCAGCGCCGUUCAAUGAAUUCUAUCCCAAGCUGAAGGCCAAGGUGCGUUCGUGGAAGGCGCAAGCGCUGUGGAAGAAAUUCGAUGCACGCGCUGCGCAUCGCGUCUAUGGCAAGGGCAAUGCCUGCAGCGGCACGCGCGUGCUGGUUAUAGGCGCCGGACCCUGUGGACUGCGCACGGCGAUUGAAGCGCAGCUGCUGGGCGCCAAGGUGGUGGUGCUGGAGAAGCGCGAUCGCAUCACACGCAACAAUGUGCUGCACUUGUGGCCAUUUGUUAUCACAGAUUUGCGUAAUUUGGGCGCCAAGAAGUUCUACGGCAAAUUCUGUGCGGGAGCCAUAGAUCAUAUAUCCAUAAGGCAGCUGCAGUGCAUGCUGCUGAAGGUGGCGCUGCUGCUGGGCGUGGAAAUACACGAGGGCGUAAGCUUCGAUCAUGCGGUGGAGCCCAAUGGCGAUGGUGGCGGCUGGAGAGCAGCGGUCACGCCAGCGGAACAUGCGGUCAGCCAUUAUGAAUUUGAUUGCCUGGUGGGCGCCGAUGGCAAGCGCAAUAUGCUGGACUUUCGACGCAAAGAGUUUCGUGGCAAGUUGGCCAUUGCUAUAACAGCAAAUUUUAUAAACAAAAAAACCGAAGCGGAGGCCAAAGUGGAGGAAAUCAGCGGCGUUGCUUUUAUAUUCAAUCAGGCGUUCUUCAAGGAGCUUUACAGUCGCACGGGCAUUGAUCUGGAGAACAUUGUGUACUAUAAAGAUGAAACGCAUUACUUUGUUAUGACUGCCAAGAAACACAGUCUUAUAGACAAGGGUGUUAUUAUUGAGGACAUGGCUGAUCCUGCUGAGCUGCUUGCGGGCGCCAAUGUGGACACACAAAAGCUGCAUGACUAUGCACGCGAAGCUGCCGAGUUCUCUACACAAUAUCAAAUGCCCAAUCUGGAGUUUGCUGUCAAUCAUUAUGGCAAACCGGAUGUGGCGAUGUUUGACUUUACCUCCAUGUUUGCUGCUGAGAUGUCCUGUCGUGUGCGCGUGCGCAAAGGAUAUCGCCUGCUGCAGUGCCUUGUGGGCGAUAGUUUGCUGGAACCCUUUUGGCCCACUGGCUCGGGCUGUGCGCGUGGCUUUCUCAGCAGCAUGGAUGCUGCUUAUGCCAUUAAGCUUUGGUCCAAUCCGCAGAACAGCACGCUGGGGGUGCUGGCGCAACGCGAGAGCAUCUAUCGACUGCUGAAUCAAACUACACCCGAUACGCUGCAACGUGAUAUAAGCGCUUAUACUGUAGAUCCAGCUACGCGUUAUCCAAAUCUGAAUCGCGAUUCGGUCAACAGCUGGCAGGUGAAGCAUUUGAUUGAUACCGAUGAUCCGGCCAUACUGGAGCAAACAUUUAUGGAUACGCAUGCGCUGCAGGCGCCGCAUUUGGACACGCCUGGCAGACGCAAGCGCGCAAGUGCAGGCAAUCAACCACAAGCGGCUUCAUUGCUGCGCUGGAUAAGCGCACAGCUGGCAGCGUUUCCAUUCACGCUGGAGUUGAAGGAGCCCACAGAUAUAUUUCGUCAAGGACGUGUGCUCUGCGCUUUGAUUAGUCGCUAUCGUCCUGAUUUGAUUGACUUUGCUGCCACUGCGGACAUGUCGCCGCUGGAAUGCAAUGAACUUGCCUUUGCUGUGCUGGAGCGUGAGCUGCAUAUUGAGCGCAUUAUGAGCGCGCGCCAAUCGCUGGACAUGCAUGAGAUUGAAUCACGUGUAUGGCUCAACUAUUUGGAUCAAAUAUGCGAACUAUUUCGCGGCGAGGUGCCCUACAUUAAGCAUGCCAAGAUGGACUUUAGUGAUUUGCGUCAGAAGUAUCGCAGCAAUCGCAUGCAUGCGCCGCCAGACUUCUCCAAGCUGCUGCAGGCCAAGCCAAAGGCCAAGUCGCCCAUGCAGGAUGCUGUGGAUGUGCCCACAACUGUGCAGCGACGCUCAGUGCUGGAGGAGGAGCGUGCCAAGCGCCAGCGGCGUCAUGAGCAUUUGUUAAAUGCUGGCGGCAGCGGCGGCGCAGCCACACCAGGCAGCAGCAGCGGCGCUGUGGGCACUGGCAGCAACAACUUGCAACAGGCUCAAGGCGAUACGCCGCGUCGCUCCAAGAAACGUCGUCAGGCAGACAAAACGUCAAACAUUGAGGAGCGCCAGCAGCGUUUGCAAGAGAUCGAGGAUAAUCGUCAAGAGCGCAUGAGUCGGCGCCGUCAGCAGCGUUUCCAUCAGACGCAAAACUUUUACAAAAGUUUGCAGCUGCUGCAGGCGGGCAAAUUGCUGAGAGAAAGCGGCGAUGGUGUCAGCGAGGGCGUCGCCGAGGAUGGCACACCCUUUGAGGACUACUCCAUAUUUCUGUAUAGGCAACAGGCGCCCAUAUUCAAUGAUCGUGUCAAGGAGCUCGAGCGCAAGCUGCUCUUUCCCGAUCGCGAGCGUGGUGAUAUUCCCUCGGCUGGGCCGCGUGCAGCUGAUGAGCAGUUUAGUGAUCGCAUUAAGAACAUGGAGCAGCGCAUGCAAGGACGCGCUGGCUAUGGCAGUGAUAAGAAACCCAAAGAUUUGAUGCGUGCUAUAGGCAAAAUUGAUUCCAAUGAUUGGAAUGUGCGCGAGAUUGAAAAGAAAAUAGAGCUGUCCAAGAAAACGGAAAUACACGGACCCAAGGGGCGUGAGAAGGUGCCCAAGUGGAGCAAGGAGCAGUUUCAAGCGCGACAGCAUAAAAUGUCCAAGCCACAGCGUCAGGACUCGCGUGAAGCGGAAAAAUUCAAAGAAAUCGAUCAGACAAUCAAAAAUUUGGACAAGCAGCUAAAGGAGGGACAUAAUCUUGACGUGGGCGAGCGUGGACGCAAUAAAGUGGCUUCCAUAGCAGGACAAUUUGUUAAAAAGGACGAUGGCGGCUCCGAUGAGAAGAACGCCAGCAGCAAUGCGACGAGCAAUACCAACACCAACAACACUGUUAUACCAAAAUCUAGCUCAAAGGUUGCUUUGGCUUUCAAAAAGCAAGCAGCACAUGAGAAAUGCAGUUUCUGCAAACAAACUGUUUAUUUGAUGGAGAAGACCACAGUGGAGGGUUUGGUGCUGCAUCGCAAUUGCCUCAAGUGUCAUCAUUGUCAUACAAGUUUGCGGCUUGGUGGCUACGCCUUCGAUCGCGAUGAUCCACAGGGUCGCUUCUAUUGCACGCAACACUUUAGGCUGCCGGCCAAGCCGCUGCCACAGCGUGUCAACAAGGCUAGAGUAAGUUUAUCAAUACAGCAAUUAAAUCAUAUAAAUUAAUUAAACUAUUUGCAGCGUUCCGGCUCAACGCAAGCUGCAGCACAAAAUGCUGCUGCUGCAGCAGCUGCCACAAGCGCAGCACAAACAGCGCCACACAGAGAUACAGUGGACUUGUUGGAUACAUCUAGAGCUGCUGCUGCUGCAUCUGCUGAUGCCAUGUCAGAUGAUGAAGCUAAUGUUAUUGAUGAGCUGGAGUGGUCUGGACGCAACUUUUUGCCUGAAUCCAAUAACGAUUCGCAGUCGGAGCUGUCCAGCUCUGAUGAGUCCGAUACAGAAUCGGAUACAGAAAUGUUUGAGGAAGCAGAUGAUUCACCAUUUGGUGCGCAAACGCUGCAAUUGGCUUCGGAUUGGAUUGGCAAACAGUACUGCGAGCAUAGCGAUGAUUCUGAUGAUUUUUAUGAUUCCAGCGAGGGCAUAGCAGAUGAUGGCAAGGACGACACCGAGGGCGAGGAGUUUAAGAAAGCGCGUGAGCUGCGACGUGAGGAAGUGCGACUGCAGCCGCUGCCAACAAGUUUGCCUACAGAUACAGAAACUGAGCUUAAGUUGCAAACUGAAAAUAAAGAAAAUGUAGAGCGUGGCUCGCUCAAGUCGGCUAACUCCUUUGAAUCAGCGCAGAGUCAGCCUGCAACGCCGCUAGCCACGCCCACGCGUGCACAGCUGGAGCAGCUGGAGCGCAAUGCGCCGCGUAAGUUUAGCAGCGAAAUUGAAGCCAUAAGCGAAAAGUUAUAUCAUCUAAACAAUAUGGUUAAAAUGAACAAAGAUUUGGAAACGCUAGCCAAGGAGAAUUUGGUUAAGAGCGAUAUUUUACGCAAGUUAACGCUUAAGGAGAAAUGGCUUGCAGAGAAUGCAGCCAUUGCAGCCGCACAGGCAAAGCCAACAGCAGCAGUUGCUGCACCCAAAUCGAAGUUUGAUGAAAAGUUUGAAAAGCUUGCGCCAGUUGUAGCUGCAGUUGAAGUCAAACCCAAGCCUGUUAUAGACUUUAAUUUGGAUGAGCUAAAGCCACGCAAGCCCAACUUUGAAGAGCGUACGCCGCUGCUGCUUAAGCGGCCUGAAAGCCUAAGCCAAACGCCACUAAGUCCCAAGCCUGAGCGUAAUGUAAGUCGCUCCAAUAGUCUCAAAAGUAACAACGCUAGUCCUAGAGCCAAGCGCGCCAAUGAAAAUACUGUACAAAAUAUUCUAAGCACUGUUAAAAAGCUUACACAACAAUAUAGUCAAGACUCCGAGGAAGCUAUGGACAUAGAUGAUGAUGAUGACAUUGCCACAACAACAAAUAAACAGCUGAGCAGCAAGCUAAAGGCAAUUGAAGCCAACAGUUUUGCAGGCACUAUGGAUCACAUAAAGGCGCAAAUGGUUACGCCCACUGUGCAUACAGCUAGCGUGGAUCUAACCAAAUAUUUUCCUAAUCAAAAGCAGGAGAAAAGCCAAGCAGGCAACAUAAAUAAAACACAAAAGACGCUUAAGGAUGUGGAUUUAGCUAAAUAUUUUCCCAGCAGUCCAGCGCCGCAGCGACGUGCAGUCGAAACUGUAGCUGAGCGUCUAAAGAAAUCUCAAACGGAAGCAGCUAUAGCUGUAGCUGCUACUCCAGCAGAGCCGCAAUCCAAGCCUGCGCCCACCAAGCGUCAAGCUUCUUUGGAUACUUUUAGUUUGCGUGAGCAUCAGCUGGAUGGCGCUUUGGACUUGAGCAAAAAGAAAAUGCCUGUUAAGCUAGCUGCAGCUACGCCAAAAACAGUUAGCAAGUCAGCAAGUGGUACAAGCGUAGCCAAGGCUGCUGGCAAACCCAAAGUAAAAAUUAUAAAGAAAAUUGUGCCUAAGGGCACUAAAGCCAAAAAGGCAGCAGCUGCUGCUGCAGCAGCUAAGCAACCUGAAGCCGAGCUGCAGUUGGAGGAGCCAAAGCCGCCACGCGAUGAAGCUGAGCGCAUACUCGAUGAAAUUUUAGCAGAUGGUGCAACACGUUCGCCCAGCUCUGAAUAUCAGCAGCUUUUCAAUGAAGAAAAAUCGCCCAGUGAUUUGUCGGAUAAAAUCGAGCGCAUACUGGAAGAGUCUGGCUUGGAUAUAGAGCUGGGCUUGCCACGUCGCAGCAACAGCAAGAAAUUGCAAAAAACUAAAUCGCUGGGUGAAGGUGAUUUCGACUUGCAACCCAAGCAGCGUCUCACUGGCGUGCAGAAUAUUCUAAAGCGCUUCGAGUCCAUGAGCUCGGUGCACUCGCAGCAAAGCGAUGAGCAGUCCGCUGCCUUCAAGCUGCGACGCAUGGAGUCGAGCACCAGCAAUAUGAGCUCACUAAAUCGCUCACGUGAGUCUAUAGUGAGUGCAUGCGAUUCGAUGAGUGAUUUGGAAAAGACCAUGGACUAUUUACGCAAUGAGUGGCGCAAUGAGGCAACCAACUUUUUGCAACGCAAGCGUGAUAAGUUCUAUGCGCAAAAGGAUGAGGAACAAAAGCAGCUAGCGCAGGAGCAGGCAGCAACACAACGCAUACUUGAGCUGCCAGUGCAAUAUCGUGACUCCAAAAUAGCUAAAUUCUUUGGUUUGCCUACACGCAAAUCACCCGAAAAGCGCAAAUCACCAGAGAAACGCAAAUCACCACUUAAAAAAAAGAAAUCACCUGCUAAGAGCUUGAAAGCUAGCAAAACGCAUAAUUCGCUGGAGGAAUUGGCCAAAAUAAGCAGCGAUAAGCAGGCUAAAGCAAAACUGCCUAAGAAGGUAACCAAAAAGUUGGAGAAACCCAAGGUCGUAGUGCCAGCAAAGCCAGCAACACCAGUGCCCGAUGAUUUUGAGGUGCUAGAUUUGUUGGAAAAAGCAACAGCAGCCAAAGAAUUGGAACGCUCAAAGACCAAAAGUCCAUUAGUGGCUGAGGUGGCAACAACUAUUGAGCCCGAGCCUGAGCCAGAACCGAUGCGUACUGAAGAUAUAAAGAAUCUACCCAAGACUGGCUGCGAUAAAUCGCUAAACAGCUCGCGUCGUGGUUCCCAAAACAGUUUGAAUUUAUCGCGUAGACAAUCGGAUAUUUCAUUGACUGACAAACUUAAUCAGGAAGCGCUGGCAGCAUUGAGCAGCUUGGAAAUGCAACAAAAUGUAGAAGAGUCUAAAGUGGAUGAGCUAUUUGAUAGCAUGGUGCAGGACAUGGAGCAAACACAAGCAACUGUGCUGUACCAAGAGGAUGACAUAGACUCGCUUUGCACUACCAUAAGCAAAAGUCCUAGCGUGCAACCCAUAACUGUAGUGAAGCGCGGCAGUUCCGAGGAGCAAAGCAUUGAAAAGCUGUUCGAUGAUGUAAGCGAUGAGCUGCUGGCCAAUGUGGAAUUCAAUGCAAAUGAUGAUUUGGUAGCCAUGGCUGGCAGUUUGAGCUCAAAAGCAAAUAGCUCAGCGGAGCGUGAUUUUGUAGACAAGCUGGAAUCUCUAGAACGCGAUGUAGUAACACCAGAGUUGAGAUUGAUGAUGCCAGCUACGCCAGCAGCAGCUGAAAUUGAUGAGCUGGAUGGCACACACUUUCCCGCUAGACCACAGCGUAGACAAAAGAGCAGCUCUAGCUCAAGUGAGCCUACGCUGCCUGUAGCGCCGCAGCGCUUAAAGAAGAAACUGGUAAAGCUGCAGCCAGACGAUAUGGCGCCCUCUGUGCAGGAUUUGCUGCAACAUUUGGUGGUUAAACAAGAGCCAGUGGUGUCAGCGCCAGCAGAGCUAAAGUUUCCCAAGUUGUUGACUGAAGUGGAUGCGCCGCCAGCAGCAGCUCCAAGCAAGCCAGAGCUGCUAGUUACGCAAAGUCAAAGCAGCUCUAGUCAAAGUCUAAGCGACUCACUCAAGCUGCCGCCCAAAACGCGCAGCAAGGAAAAUUCACUUGACUGGAAUAUGGAAAACUUGCCUGCGUCGCCUAUGCCGCGACGCAAGCAGUUACCAGGCGCCAAGCUGGCCAGCAAGGAGUCUUCGCUGGAAUGGGAUAUGGAAAAGCUGCCCAACAGUCCAAUGCUGCCGCGUCGUCAAGCCAAGAAUCAAAUCGAGCUGCUUAACAAUUUACCCAUUGAGCAGCCCAAGCCAGAGCGUCUUAUACAAGAAUUUGAGCGUGAGCGACGUCAAGCGUUAAUCAAACGCGAUGAAAGCUUUGAAGCUGUUGCCGCUGAGCAGCGACGCCGCGACUCGCUGCAAAGCAACAGCAAUAGCAACAGCUCCAGCGGCAAGAGCAGCUUGCCACCCACAGCGCCUGCAGCAACUGUAACGCCUGUGGCUAGACGUGGCGCUACGCUGGAUAGCAGCAGCGGCGGCAGCAGCAGUCGCAAGCAGCAGCAACAUGAGGGCACGCCGCCCAUGUUUAAGAAAUUAGAUUUGGGCGAUGACAGCAGCAGCGCCACCAAUCUAGACUCUACGGCUGCCUCGACGCGGCGCAGCUCGUUUGCAUUUAUAGAAUUACAGGAUAACAAGCUGGUGAUUGUGCCCAUGCCGCGCAAGCUGCAGCUGCCCAAGCUGGAGCCGCCCAAAUUUAAGCCUGAAGUGUUGCCAGCCGAUGAGCCGGUGCCUGAAGUGUUUAAAGAUCGCGCUUGGCCCAAGCCGCAUGAGCUGACGCUAGCUAAUGGCGACGAUGAGGAGCAGGAGCCACAGCCGCCAGAGCUGCCGGAAUAUGCGCGCUCUGACUCGCCGCCUGGGCCAGCCUUUAAGAAUCGCCAAUGGCCCGAUGGCAGAACCAAGUUUGAGCAGCCAGCACAAGCAGCUUUGGAGACAGAUGAUAUGCUAAGCUUGCUGGAUGUGCCGCGUCGUCAGCGUGCGCGUUUGCCCAACAAGCCGCGUUCGCAGUCACCACAGCCGUUCAAGCCAUUGAGCGUUAGCUCGCGUCAAAGCAGCAAGAGCGUAAGCGAUCUCAAAAAGGGCGCUUCAGUGCUAUCGCUUUCAAGUCAGGAUACAGAUACGCGUUCCACUACAACGACCAACACAACGGUGGCUACAGCGCGUCCGCUGAGCUAUGCCAGCAGCAGCAGCUAUGCUGAUCCCAUGGAUGCCAGCACGCAGGCGCUGCUUGAGCGCAGCAAACGCUUGCAUAAUCGCAAGCGCGACUUUGUUAACGAGCGCGUCGUCGAGCGUAAUCCUUACAUGCGUGAAGUGCUUCGAAGCAAUGCGUAUAAUGAUUAUGCCACUGAGGAGGAGCUCAGCAGCUAUAGACCACGUCACUAUGCCAGCAGCUCAGGCAGCGCUACACCCGCCACCAGUCGCUUUCCCAGCGCCGCCAGCUACGGCAGACGCAACUAUGAUUACCUCAGCAGCAGCGACUAUCGCAGACCCGCCGCCGCCUCGUCUAGUUAUUAUAGCAGUCUCACUACUCCAAGCAGCAGCAGCAGCACACAUCUCAGCGAUUUAUUUAGACGUCGUAGUCCCGCCGCCAGCUCUAACUUAUCUUCUUAUGGACGCAGCAGCGAUUAUCUACGUCCUGCCAGCAAAGAGUCGUGCGUACAAACCGAAUCCGAAAGCACAUCACCCGACGAAGUUGAGCUUAACUCUGCCACAGAAAUAUCCACAGACUCAGAAUUCGAUAAUGACGAGAUUAUACGGCAAGCGCCGAAAAUCUUUGUCGACGACACGCAUCUAAGAAAACCCACUAAAGUGCAGAUCAAGUCCAGCAUCAUACCGCCCAGUGCCGCUGGCCUGCAUCAAAAACUAUUGGCGAAGCGUGAGAAGGGUGGCAGCUAUUUGCAAAAGUAUCAACCGCAGCCGGCGUUGCCGCAAUUCAAGCCACUGGUGCAAGUCGAUCCCACGCUGUUGAUAAGCAGUCAACGGGCGCCUUUGCAAAAUCCACGACCUGGUGACUAUUUGCUUAACAAAACCGCAAGCACUGAGGGCAUUGCCUCCAAGAAGAGCUUGGAGCUGAAGAAGCGUUAUCUGCUGGGCGAAACAGCCAAUGGCAAUAAGAUACAAAAGAGCGGCUCCACCUCGGUGCUGGACUCCAAAAUACGCAGCUUUCAGUCAAACAUCUCGGAAUGCCAGAAGCUGCUGAAUCCCAGCAGCGAUAUAAGCGCCAGCAUGCGCAGCUUUCUGGAUCGCACCAAGCUCAGCGAUGCGGGACAGAACAAUGAGCUGAUGCGCUCAGCCACCAGCAAUGUGAUCAACGAUUUGCGUGUGGAGCUCAAAAUACAAAAGACAAACUCCAGCAACUCGACGGACAAUGAGAAGGAGAAUGUGUUUGUCAACAGCAAGAACGAGUUGAACAAGGGCAUGGAGUACACGGAUGCAGUGAAUGCAACGCUGCUGGAGCAGCUGAACAGCAAGAAGAGUUCACCCACAACGCCGACAAACAAUAAUAAUACAGUGAUAGUAGAUGUUAUAGAUCUGAUAACACCUGAAAAGCCAGUGGCCUAUAUAGAUUUGACAGUGGUGGAGACGCCCAAGAAGCUAACCGAGGACAGCACCACAUCGGACAGCAACAAGCUGCUGGAGGCCAAAGUGGGCAAGCCAGAUGUGUCCAAGGAUGUAAAGCAAUGCAUACCAGACAUACUGGGUGACAUUAAGGCGGGCAAAGCGCAGCCAGGCAGCGCAGAGGAGCAGCAAGCGCUGCUGGGCGGCGAUGAGGAGAAGCGCGAUGAGCCAGAAAAGUGUGUGGAUGCGGAGGCGGAGCAGGAAACUGAAACGCUGCAAAUACAAGUGCCCAACAUACCGUGGAGCAAGCCCAAGUCGGAGCUAAUAUCGACGACUGCCAGCAGCGCCAACAGCUGCAGCAGCAGCGAAAGCUCCAGCAUUGAGGAUAUACAGCACUAUAUACUGGAGUCCACCACCAGUCCGGAUACGCAAACGACACACAAUGUGCCGCGCCUGGAGGUGCAUGACAGCAGCGGCGCUUUGAUGCAAGUAGACAGUCUGAUGAUUGUGAAUGGCAAAUAUAUAGGUGAUCCUGAGGAUGUUAAGUAUUUGGAUAUGCCAGCGGGUGUGAUAGUGCCAGCGCUAAAGACCAGCGAGCUGGAGGAUGACACUGAGCCAGAAGCUGAUGUGGAGCCAGUCACAGCGACGCCAGAGCCCGCCGAUUGCACUGUAAUCGAAACGCCGCAGCCACAGCCAGAGCGUGGACCACCCAAGCUGAAGUUUGAUAGCAAAAAUGAAAACAAAAUUGAAAGCUUAAAGCAUUUGCCGCUGAUAGUGGAGCGCAGUGUGUCCCAAUCGCCAGCAGUUAAACCAGUAACAUUGAAUCUAAGCAAAAGCGCUGCCAAGACGCCAGACACGCCUACAACGCCCACGCAGCAUGAUAGCGAUAAGACGCCCACAGCGGAGCUGCAGUCACGCUGCUCGGAUUCGGAAACGGAGCACACAGGCACGGGUCAGGUGUUGACCGAAACAGAGCUGUCUGAUUGGACUGCAGAUGAUUGCAUAUCCGAGAACUUUGUAGACAUGGAGUUUGUGCUAAACUCCAACAAGGGCACAAUGAAGCGACGCAAGCAGCGCAAAGAGCGACGCAGUCAGUCAGCGGCGACUGUAAAGUUGCCCAGCAGCAGUGAAGUGCUGCAGCAGCUGGCGCAGCAGGCGCCAGUGGCCAAAAUGGAGGGCAUACUGCAAGCUAUAGACAUAGAUGACAUAGAGUUUAUGGACACAGGCUCGGAAGGCUCCUGCGCUGAAGCUUACUCGGCUACGAAUACAGCGCUGCUGCAUAAUCGUGGCUAUAUGGAAUAUAUAGAAACAGCAGCGCCUCAGGCCACAGCGGCUAAAUCUGCAAGCAGCGCUGUUGCGCCGUCGUCGUUGCCACCACUGCUAACCAAACGCGAUGAAAAGCUGGGUGUGGAUUAUAUAGAGCAAGGCGCUUAUAUAAUGCAUGAUGAUGCCAAAACGCCGGUGAAUGAGGCGCCGCCACGCUCCAUAAUGCAACAGUCGCUAACAGAUUCAAGCACGCUGCAGGAACUGGAUGAGGAUAGCCUAGCGCAGGCAGCAGCGCUGAAUACAACAACAGAAGAAAGCGAACCGCUGACUGUGGUUACAAGUCCCUUGGACACUUCAUCGCCUGCUGUGCUGGAUCAGUUUGCCUCGCUGCUGGCAGCCAACAAGCCCACAGAGCCCUCGACGCCCAGCAGCUCCGAUCAACAGCCGCAGACAACACAAUCGAAUGUUAGCACUGUAAGUGGCAGCAGCUCCACGCAGGCAGCAGCUGCCAAAGAAGCAGAGGACAUACAAAUGGAGUAUGUGCGUGCGCUGCAGCAGCGCAUCUCGGACAUUAGCACGCAGCGGCGCAAGAGCAGCAAAGGUGAGGCGCCUUUAGAUCUAGAACAAGCUGCCUCAGCUGGCUCAAUGCGUCCACGCAGCAGCAGCAGCGCCACUAAAGUACCUGAAAUUCCCACGCUCAAUAGCAAGCUGGAGGAAAUAAGCAAGGAACGCACCAAGCAAAAGGAUCUUAUACACGAUCUGGUUAUGGACAAACUGCAGUCCAAGAAGCAGCUGAAUGCCGAGAAGCGUUUGCAUCGCAGUCGACAGCGCAGUUUGCUUACCAGCGGCUAUGCCAGUGGCGCCAGCUUAAGUCCCACGCCCAAGUUAGCCGCCGCCAGCAGCAGCGCCGACAGCUGCAGCAAUCAUGCGCACUAUCAUGUGUCCACAGCGGCGCCAGUAACGCCGCCAGCUAAGCCAGCGCCAGCUGAGUCUGUGCCUGUCACGCAUGUGCUGCAAAAAUCCGCCACCUCCAGCUAUGUGUCGCCCUAUCGCGCUGCACAGCCCGCCGUAGCACGCAGCACUGAUCUCUACAAGUCGCGUCCGUUCAGCGAGCUGCUGGAUGGCGAGAAACUCAAAGCGCUGGACAAUAGUUUAUGCUAUGCCAAGCAGCCAGAGUUUAGUGCGCCCUUGGCGCCAGUGCGUCCGCAGCGCAGUCAACGAGCCAAUGAAACACCCGAGGCCAGCAUUUCCGCCUCCACAGAGAAUCUGCGCAGCGAAGCGCGCGCACGUGCGCGUCUCAAGUCCAACUCGGAGCUGGGCCUGAGUCCGGAGGAGAAAAUGCAGCUGCUGCGCAAGCGUCACUAUGAGCAGCACAAAGUCAAGCCGCUGGAGCAACCACUGGCCACAGAUUUGGCUGCGCGUGCACGCAAGAUGAGCGCCUCCAAGAGUGUCAAUGAUCUGGCCUACAUGACCGCACAGCUGCAGCUGGAGAGCGUCAGCCGUGUCAAGCCAGACUUUACCUCUGAUACGCAGCUGGAGCAGCAGGAUGUGCAGCUCAAGUCCAAGUCCAGUCGCAGACAAAAGGAUCCGGAACGUCGCAAGAGUCUUAUACAAUCAUUGUCAAGUUUCUUUCACAAAACGGGCGCCAACACAGGCAACAGUAAUCCCAAGGAGCAGCUUGUAGCCACUGCUGCUGGCAGCCACUCUGCUGAGCAGGCAGAGCGUCCCGGCACAAGCAGCAGCGGCACGCCCACCAUAAGCGAUACCAGCAGCAGCGCUGGCGGCGGCGGCGGCGUCUUCAGUCGCUUCCGCAUCUCACCCAAAUCCAAAGAAAAGUCCAAGUCUUGCUUUGAUCUGGGGAACUUCGGUUUCGGUGACAAGGAUAUGCUGACAAGCACAAUACCAACAACAGCAACAACACAAACAAAACACUCGCAAGAUUACCUCAACAAUCACACGAACAACAGUCGCUGCCGAAAGCAAACGAACACUGCGAAUCAUCGUAACGAAACGUUUUCAUCAUCUAGUCCGCAACUUUAUAUACACAAGCCCCAUCAACUGGCCACAGCAACCGCCCUGGAUGAUCAGACUCCGCCACCAAUUCCGCCUUUGCCACUGAAUUAUCAAAGAUCCGAUGAUGAGAGCAACAUUAACGAGACACGCGAGCAUAAGAAGCAACGUGCCAUAUCGAAGGCUUCACGACAGGCUGAGCUCAAGCGAUUGCGUAUCGCUCAAGAAAUACAGCGUGAACAGGAGGAGAUCGAGGUGCAGCUAAAGGAACUGGAAGCACGCGGCGUGCUUAUCGAGAAGGCGCUGCGAGGCGAAGCUCACAAUUGUGAAAACAUGGACACGACCAAGGACAAUGACGAGAAGCAACUUAAAGAACUAUUGGAAAUUUGGCGCAAUAUCACAGCACUCAAAAAACGUGAUGAGGAACUGACCAUUAGACAACAUGAACUACAGCUGGAAUAUCGGCAUGCCCAACUUAAGGAGGAGCUCAAUUUGCGUUUAUCAUGCAGCAAAUUAGACAAGAGCUCCGCCGAUGUAGCAGCUGAGGGUGCAAUACUGAAUGAGAUGCUGGAAAUUGUGGCCAAACGAGCGGCAUUACGACCAACUGCCUCAAACCUGGAUUUAACUGGAGCGGACGUGGCAACAACAACAACCGAGGCAGGCAUUACACUGGCCGGCCAACCGCAUGCACACGACGAGUCGAAUAUUUGAAUAACAAGUUUGCCUUGGGGUUUGAUGGCCUACGAAGUCUUACAAGGAAUUUUACGCCUUUAUACUUAAGCAGAAUGUACCAAAAACAGAAGAAGCAACAACUUUAAAUAGCUGAACUCACAACAAUAACCAUACUACUAAAAAUAUAUAUUUACAUAUGCAUGAGUUGUAAGAGGAGAAGCAAACAAAACAUCAGUAGAGAAUAAUUUAAAAUGCGCAACAUUAUUGUAUAAAUGAAAAACAAAUGGUUUGCUUAUUAAACUUAAUGUUCAGUUAUAGUUAUGAGCAAUGCAUAUAAAAAACAAUAAAUUUUUGUAGUCACUUAGUUUAUUGCAGCCUUAAACAAUUUGAUGAAAUGUCUGAUCUUUGUACGUUGUAUUAUGUUUAUUUGUAUUAAGUUAAAUGUGUAAUGUGAAUGUCUAAGUUGAGAAUGUUUUAAUGUGUGUAUUUAAUAUUUUUUUAAUUAGUUUUGUUUUAUUUUUUGGCGAAGAGAGCUUUGGUGUGUUGUACUUUUGAAUAGUAAGCCCAUGCAUGUAAUUUGCUGCCCUACUAAAAUCAAAAAGAACACAAAGAUAUAUACACACAAAUAUUUUCUAUAAAAAUAUAUUUACUAUAUAUUAAACACAAGCGAAUAUAUAACGAUAUACUAAAAAAAAAGAAAACCAAGCAAAGCAAAUGCAUUGCAUACUAAUAAAAAAGAUUUAAAUUAUUGUGUAACUUUAUUUAUGUCCUAUAAUC